AUGGCGGAAGUGCAAAACUCCAACCCCACAAUCCUCAAUGCGGCAGAUCUCCCUACGAGAUCACGGUCUGCAGAGAAGAAAGCCGGGGACUAUGGACUCGGUAUCUUCGCUGCAGUCCCGAAGCCGGCAGACUUUCUCUCAUCUGAUUCGGAGGGAGAUGAAGAUCUCCUAGAAGAGCCAAUUGAUGAACAAGAAAUUUAUGACCUGAUCAAAUCCAUCUCGGACCCCGAACACCCCCUCUCCCUCGGAGAACUGGCCGUCGUAUCACUCCCAGAUAUCUCCAUCAAGCCCACCCUCCCCAAUGUCCCCGACUCGCCUCUCCAAACAGUCACCGUCCUGAUCACCCCCACCAUCACUCACUGCAGUCUAGCCACCGUCAUCGGUCUCGGAGUACGAGUGCGACUAGAGCAGUCCCUCCCACCACGCUUCCGCGUAGACGUGCGGAUCAAGGAGGGAACCCACAGUACUGGUGACGAAGUCAACAAGCAACUCGGAGACAAGGAACGAGUGGCAGCCGCGCUGGAGAACGGAGCGUUGAUGCAGGUCAUCGCUAAGAUGAUGGAGACGUGCCAAUAA